GGGCGCGGUAUAAAGUGGGCGGCCCCCGCGGCGGCCCCCGCCCUCCUGCCCGCUCGGAUCCCGCGUCGCGGCCGCCCGGACCCUGCGCUCCCCGAGACGUGUCCGGCGAGGGCGCCCCGCGCGCUCCGGGGUCAGGACGUCAGCAUGGGUGCUGCAGGGAUGCUCCGAGGCCCCUGCUCUGCCCUCCUGCUCUGGGGGCUCCUGGGGGCCGUCCACGCCCAGCAGCAGGAGGUCACCGCCCCCGGCCUCUCUGAGAGAAGCAGCUGCCCAGAGAAGGCCGACUGCCCCAUCAACGUGUACUUCGUGCUGGACACCUCGGAGAGCGUCACCAUGCAGUCGCCCAUCGACAGCCUGCUGUACCACAUGAGGCAGUUCGUGCGGCAGUUCAUCAGCCAGCUGCAGGACGAGACCUACCUGGACCAGGUGGCCCUGAGCUGGCGCUACGGGGGGCUGCACUUCUCCGACGUGGUGAGGGUGUUCAGCCCGCCCGACAGCGACCGAGCCUCCUUCACCAAGAGCCUGGAGAGCAUCGUCUCCAUCCGGAAGGGCACCUUCACCGACUGCGCGCUGGCCAACAUGACCCAGGAGAUCCGGCAGCUCAAGGCCAAGGGCGGGGUCCACUUCGCGGUCGUCAUCACCGACGGCUACGUCACCGGCAGCCCGUGCGGGGGCAUCAAGCUGCAGGCGGAGCGGGCUCGCGAGGAGGGCAUCCGGAUCUUCACCGUGGCCCCCGACCAGAUCCCGAACGAGCAGGGUCUGCGGGACAUGGCCAGCAUGCCGUUCGAGCUCUACCGCAACAACUACGCCACCGUGCGUCCAGACCUGGAGAUCAACCAGGACACCAUCAAUCGCAUCAUCAAGGUCAUGAAACAUGAAGCCUAUGGAGAGUGCUACAAGGUGAGCUGUCUGGAGAUCCCCGGGCCGCUCGGCCCCAAGGGCUACCGCGGACAGAAGGGUGCCAAGGGCAACAUGGGCGAGCCAGGAGAGCCUGGACAGAAGGGACGACAGGGAGACCCAGGCAUUGAAGGCCCCAUUGGAUUCCCAGGACCCAAGGGUGUUCCUGGUUUCAAAGGAGAGAAGGGUGAAUUUGGAGCCGACGGGCGGAAGGGGGCUCCCGGCCUGGCCGGCAAGAACGGGACUGAUGGACAGAAGGGCAAGCUGGGGCGCAUCGGGCCUCCUGGCUGCAAGGGAGACCCCGGGAGUCGGGGCCCCGACGGAUACGCAGGGGAAGCCGGCAGCCCUGGGGAGCAAGGGGACCAGGGCAUCAAGGGAGAUGCUGGCCGUCCGGGACGCCGAGGACCCCCAGGAGACAACGGGGCCAAAGGGAGCAAGGGUUACCAAGGCAACAACGGAGCCCCGGGAAGUCCUGGCGUGAAAGGAGCCAAGGGUGGACCAGGGCCCCGAGGACCCAAAGGCGAGCCUGGGCGCAGAGGGGACCCAGGAGCCAAGGGCAGCCCAGGCAGCAACGGCCCCAAGGGGGAGAAGGGAGACCCUGGCCCUGAGGGUCCCCGGGGUUUGGCCGGAGAGGUUGGCAACAAAGGAGCCAAGGGAGACCGAGGCUUGCCUGGACCCAGAGGCCCUCAGGGGGCUCUCGGAGAGCCUGGGAAGAAGGGAUCUCGGGGAGACCCCGGCGACGCUGGUCCCCGUGGAGAGUCAGGACAGCCUGGUCCCAAGGGGGACCCCGGCAGGCCUGGAUUCAGCUACCCGGGACCCCGAGGAACGCCCGGAGAGAAGGGGGAGCCCGGCCCACCCGGUCCUGAGGGGGGCAGAGGUGAUUUUGGUGCCAAGGGAGAGCCCGGGAAGAAAGGCGAGAAGGGCGAGCCUGCAGAUCCCGGUCCCCCUGGCGAGCCUGGCCCUCGGGGGCCGAGAGGAUCCCCAGGACCCGAGGGAGAGCCUGGCCCCCCUGGAGACCCCGGCCUCACGGAGUGUGACGUCAUGACCUACGUGCGGGAGACGUGCGGCUGCUGCGACUGCGAGAAGCGGUGUGGGGCCCUGGACGUGGUGUUCGUCAUCGACAGCUCUGAGAGCAUUGGCUACACCAACUUCACUCUGGAGAAGAACUUCGUCAUCAACGUGGUCAACAGGCUGGGGGCCAUUGCCAAGGACCCCAAGUCAGAGACGGGAACCCGCGUGGGCGUGGUGCAGUACAGCCACGAGGGCACCUUUGAGGCCAUCCAGCUGGACGAUGAGCGCAUCAACUCACUGUCCAGCUUCAAGGAGGCCGUCAAGAACCUGGAGUGGAUCGCCGGCGGCACCUGGACGCCCUCAGCCCUCAAGUUCGCCUACAACCAGCUCAUCAAAGAGAGCCGGCGCCAGAAGACCCGGGUGUUUGCAGUGGUCAUCACGGAUGGCCGCCACGACCCCCGGGACGAUGACCUCAACCUGCGGGCCCUGUGCAACCACGACGUCACGGUGACGGCCAUCGGCAUCGGCGACAUGUUCCACGAGAAGCACGAGAGCGAGAACCUGUACUCCAUCGCCUGUGACAAGCCCCAGCAGGUGCGGAACAUGACCCGCUUCUCAGACCUGGUGGCCGAGAAGUUCAUCGACGACAUGGAGGACGUCUUGUGCCCAGACCCUCAGAUCGUGUGCCCAGACCUUCCCUGCCAAACAGAGCUGUACGUGGCCCAGUGCACGCAGCGGCCGGUGGACAUCGUCUUCCUGCUGGACGGCUCGGAGCGGCUGGGCGAGCAGAACUUCCACAAGGCGCGGCGCUUCGUGGAGGAGGUGUCCCGGCGGCUGACGCUGGCGCGCAGAGACGACGACCCACUCAACGCGCGCGUGGCCCUGCUGCAGUUCGGGGGCCCGGGCGAGCAGCAGGUGGAGUUCCCGCUCACCUCCAACCUGACGGCCAUCCACCAGGCGCUGGAAGGCGCGCGCUACCUCAACUCCUUCUCGCACGUGGGCGCGGGCAUCGUGCACGCCAUCAACCACGUGGUGCGCGGCGCGCGGGCAGGGGCUCGCCGCCACGCCGAGCUGGCCUUCGUGUUCCUCACCGACGGCGUCACGGGCAACGACAGCCUGGAGGAGGCCGUGCACUCCAUGCGCAAGCAGAACGUCGUGCCCACCGUGGUGGCCGUGGGCGGCGACGUGGACGCGGACGUGCUGUCCAAGAUCAGCCUGGGCGACGCGACCGCCGUCUUCCGCGAGAAGGACUACGACAGCCUGGCUCAGCCCGGCUUCUUCGACCGGUUCAUCCGCUGGAUCUGUUAGCGCCUCCUGCCUCCUGCCCCCCGCCCCUCCCUCCUGCCAGGCGACCCGGCUUCCGGCCCCCAUCUCGCACUCCCAGCCCCCGGCCCUGCCUGCACCCCGGGCUCCCCAGGCCCGCGGGCACCGCCUCCUACCCAUGGUGCUUCUCAGACUCACCCAGAGGUCCCGCGGGCUGCAGGCUCCAUCUCCAGGUGCGGGUGUCAAGUGGGGAAAAGAGGACCCGCCCCACGCGUCCCCCACGCGUCCCCGGCUUCUCCAGAGAGCCCCGCCUCCCUGCGCUCCGGUCUGUCUGUCCACGCCCUCCCUGGACCCCAGAGGCUUUGCAGGGGCCUUGUGGUGGCCAGUGCUCCAGACCCUCCCGGACAGCCUCCUGAGGCCUUCCUCAGUCCAGCCUCGUCCCCAGACUCCGCAGCCCCUCUGGUGCCCCUCCAGAGGCUCUCUGUGGGCCCCGCCGGCUCUGCUGGGCUUGCUCCCAGGUCCCUGCCUGGCCUUUGGAGGUCCCCUGCCCAGACUGAGCUGUGACAGCAGGCCCUGCAUGUUCCUGUCUGCGCACGCCCCAGUACAAUAAAGGCUUUCAACUGCC